AUGAAAAUUGGUGAGCUGAGGUGCUUAUUUUUAAAAUGCUACAAAAAGGGAAGGACACCUUUUAUGUCAGUAGGCCCUUAAUGGUAAUUCACAAUAGGUCUUUUCGUCUUUGCUAUCCUGGCAGCUACUUACUUUAUAUUCAUGAUAAAUGUCUUAAAAAAUUUAGACUACAGAUUUAAAGUUGUUCAUUUUCUACUCAUAAUAAUAAAUGUCUUCGCCCUAAUUCUUGGGGUGUUUUAAAAUCCUGGAGUACCCUAGUCAGUCUUCGACUACAAAUUAAAGAAGUAACUAGGAAAGAACGAUUAAAAGACUGAUAAUGAAGAGGAUGAAGAAAGACAGUCAUUAAAUCAGAGAGAUAGUUCCUAAAUAAAAAGAAAUACAUCUCGAAAUGCAUUUUGUGAGCCUUGCAAUUUAUAAAAAGACCAAACUGUUUACCACUGCAGUGAUUGCGAUGUAUGUAUCAAAGAUCUUGACCAUCACUGCAUGUUUUUUAGCAAAUGUAUUGGCAAAGGCAAUGUUUAUAUGUUUUAUACCUCCAUUAUACUCCUCUUUGUUGUGUUUACAUACUUUGGAGUAAUGGUAGUUGUAGAUGCAGUCUACAAAAAAUGA